AUUUAAUAUGGAAAUGACUACUCCAGUUGAGUUUGAUGAGAACCUCUCUGAUGAUUUUAUUGAUGAAGAGGUUUCUUCUUGGUCAAUUAGAAAAUCAGACAAAAUUCUUGUUAAUAUGAGUGAGAAUUCACUUAGUAGCAAGAAGAAAAGAAAGAAUUCUUUCAUCCAUGGCUCCAAACACCUUCAUUUUCCUGAGAGUGACAAAGAGCAUGAAGAGCCACCUCGUCUUGAAUUAAAGAUGCAUAAAAUUCACUCUUUGAAUUAUCAGAAGAAAGACAAUAAAGAUGUUGGCAAAGAUGAGGAGAAAAAAUCAAAUGCCUCUUUAAAACAAGAAAUCAGCAGUCUUCUUAAGUAUGCAGCUAAACUUAGAAGCAAAGAAAUGAUGAAGGAUUGUCAUGCCCAACAAGCUGCUAAGGAUCAUAAAAAUAACUUUCUAAAGAACCUUCCAUCGCCUAAGAAGGCAGCAAUGAAGGAUAUGGAGCCUUGUUAAUUAAACAAUCUUUGCUUUUAAUAAAAUUCUU